AUGCGUGUACGGCGACCUAGUGCAACGGUAAUCAACAUUACCAUCAAGUCCAACCGCCUGCGUACAGGUCGUUCAGAAGUUCAGUUCUAUGAUAAACAAUCCGACCCCUAUGAAAAAGCAGACCGUGACUUUCCUAUCAAUCUGCGUGAGCCUAGUCUGAACACUUUGGUCAAUAAUGCCAUAUCUGAUACCGGUGGUUUGGAUCGUCGAAUGAAUGCCCAAACUGGUGCAAUCUUGGCGAUGGAUAAAGGUGUUCAGAUCUAUAACAAGUUCCUAUCGGCUACUGGCGUGCUUAGAUCUCUUUUGUUAAAUGCAUUGUGGCAGGGGCCGCUUAAAGCAGAUCGGCAAGAUUUGCUAAUGAAUGGAGAGCAGAUCUGGUCGUUAGAUCCUCAGUGUAAUAAUCCUAAAGUUCAGGUUCUCGCUGAGGAUAAAACUUUUGAGAUGUUGGUGCGUCCUCUGAUAGCCAGCUGGCCAAUUCAGAAGUUCCAAGAAGGGAUGGCUCUGGGUAAGCGGCAUUUCUUAACAGGGUUCCGCAUUUCAAACAAAGGUAUCCGUAACAUACUGACCGAAGGGUAUCGUGACUACGAUAUGAUCAUUGUACAACUAAUGGGCACUGAUCUGACCGGUGGGUUCAUCGAUGUAGUGAAAUUUAACUCAUUACAAGCCCGUACCAUUAACCAUAUCAACAACGCCUUUGUUGCAAGAAUUCCUGAAUAUGUCACUACUGCAAGUAUGGUUGACUAUUUAGAGAUUCUAUUAUUCGUCAAGUUCGAGCAGGCUUAUAAGAAAGGACUGGGCCAUAUCAAAAACCCUGAUAAAUUUCCAAAGAAUCAAAUCGCUGAGGAUAUCAAACAAGGCGGUGUUUCCGAUGGCCAGACUGCUCAGGUGUUUAUCUCAUGUGGUUACCUAACCGACCAUAACUCCAGGAUCUUUGUUCGUCCUGUUACGGUCAAGGUAUUGGUAGCUUCUAUGAAGCCUUUGUUGAAUCACAUUCUGCUACUGAGGCCAUGA